AUGGGUAGCCAGGAGCACAGUGGCGCUAUAUGCGGUUCGGUGGCGGAGGUGGUGGUGGUGAUGGUGCCCUUCUUAGCUCAUGGCCAUCUCAACCAGCUCCUCCACCUCUCCCGCCGUAUAUCCUCCUAUAACAUCCCCGUCCACUUCGUCAGCACCACCAGCCACAUCCGCCAACUCCGUUCCCGCCACCACGAUUCCGGUCAAUACUCCGCCGGCUCCAACUCCAUCCAUUUCCACGAGUUCCCAAACCCUCCCUUCACUUCUCCUUCCGACCAUUCCAUUCCUUGCCACCGACAACCCGUUUUUGACUCAACCCUCCAUCUCCGCCGCCCAGUAGCCGACCUCAUAGUUUCUCUCUCCACCACCACCAGGAGAGUCGCCGUCGUUCAUGACUUUCUGAUGUCGUACGUCGUCCAAGACGUCCAAGAUAUUCCAAACGCCGAGACUUACAUCUUCACUCCCCUCUCCGCUUGCGCCACCUUCUGGUUAGAGUGGGAGAGAUAUGACAGACCUUUUCCGGUGGACUCAGAACUUCUGAAACGAAUUCCGUCCGGUGAUGGAGCUUUCUCGCUUGAGUUUUUAAAAGAUGUGGAGAUUCAAUACCCACUUAUGAAUUCUCACGUUGGAGAGUUAAUCGAUUCAUCAACAGUUAUUGAAGGUGAAUAUCUUGAAUAUUUAGAGAGAAAAGAACUCAAAGGGACCAAGAAACUUUGGGCAAUCGGGCCAUUAAACCAUGUUAACAAAUCAUCAGCGACGGUUUCUGAAACCCGUCACAAAUGCUUGCGAUGGCUGGACUUACAGCCUACUAACUCCGUCAUUUAUGUGUCGUUUGGGACCACAACGACCUUUAGCGACGAACAAAUUAAAGAAUUGGCUAUCGGACUAGAGAAAAGCCAGCAGAGGUUUGUGUGGGUGGUUCGAGCCGCGGACAAAGGUGGCGUGCUCAGUGACGAGCCGAAAAUGGUGGAGUUUCCGGAUGGGUUCGAAGCAGCGGUGGAAGGGCGGGGAUUGGUGGUUCGUGAAUGGGCACCGCAAUUGGAAAUUUUGGGACAUUUAGCAACGGGUGGGUUUAUAAGUCAUUGUGGGUGGAACUCGAGCAYRGAGAGUAUAUCAACYGGYGURCCAAUGAUCACKUGGCCRAUSCAUUCUGAUCAACCAUGGAACGCGUUUUUGAUCACGGAUGUUCUUAGAAUUGGAUUGGCGGCGUACGAUUGGGAACACAGAGACAAGUUGGUGACGUCAGUGGUGGUGGUGGAUUUGAUUCGAAGACUAAUUGAUUCGAGGGAAGGGGAGGAGAUGCGGAAGAGGACGGCAGAAUUGGCGGAUUCCGUUCGGAGAUCGGUGGCCGACGGCGGUGUAAGUCGUAAGGAGAUUGAUUCCUUCAUUUCCCAUAUUCGCAGGCAGUGACAACUUAUGUACCCAAAAAGAAUCAUGUAACGACGCUUAAGAAGGUCCCUUAAUUUUCAUUUGCAUGGUAACACUUUCAAUUUUCAGUUA